AUGUCAUACGUACUUUAAUGCCGCAAACAUCCAGGUAAUUUUGUAUGUUUUGUAUGCACUAAAGUGAACUGCAGUUAUGGUAAUCUUCUAUGUCAGUAAUGUAAAUUCAAUAAUAGAAAUAUUAGGUAUAAAUGGAAAUGUAUAACAUAAAAAUGAGCACAAGAAUUAUUUAAAUUAACUUAAUGAUUUUUUGUUUUAGUAGAAUGGGAAAACAAAAACAGUUUUGAUUCCAAAUAUAAAUAGUACUCUUUAAGAUUUAGAUAAAAAAUUAAAGGAAUAUAAUGCAUUGAUCGAUAAGGAAGCUUAAGAUUUAGAUGCUGAUAUAUCGUAGUUGUUUAAAAUAUUCUAUGACAGUUCAGAUAAGGCAAAGAAAUAGAUUUAAGAUAUAAUAAAAAGAGAUUUAUGUGAGUAGCAGGCAAAAAAUACAAAUUUUAAAUAGUAAUUAUAGGAGAUACAAUAAAAUGAGUAAAAGAGGAAUGAAAGCAACAAUUACUUAUUCAAUACAAUAUUUUCUAAAGAUUAAGAUAAAGAGUUACCUGUAUCUGAAUAAUCAUUGAUGUAGAUUAUUAACAAGUAUAAAAUACUGUAAUAUGAAGAAAUGGAAAUUUGAACUAAUUAAGAUGUGAGAUAUUAAAUUGUUUGAAUAAUGUAGUUAGUACAUUAUAAUCACCAAGUAAUAGAGUUAGAUACAAGAGUACAUAAAAUUAAUAGCAAUAAUUCAAUCUUUUGAAGAAUGACUUUGCUUAAAGUUUGAAUUGUUUAUUUUAGAAAUUAUAAGACUUGACAUAAGAAUUUCAUACAGUGGAAGACAUGAAACGAAGCUUAUAUUAAUUUGGAUCAUUAGAUGGUUCUUAAUCAUUAAAGUAAUCUUAAGUAAUUUAGAGAACUUUGGCAGGAUCAUAGUGUUUAAGUACAGGUCAUCAAAGUCAAAGAUUUCAUAGAUCAAAUAGUUAAUCUUAGAUAAUGAGUGUAAAAACACUAGAAUAGUUUCCAAGUGUAAGUCCAAUGAUUUAAUAAGUAUUGAUUAAAAUAGGACAUUUACAACCUCCAUAAGCAGAUUCUUUAUUGAAUAAUAUUGAGACAGUACCUCCUUGUUAAUUUCCAGAUGGAAUUAUAUAUGAGGGUUAGAUAUAAAAUAAUUAGAGAUUUGGUUGGGGUAGAGCAAUAAUAGGUUAAGAAUAUUAUGAAGGAUAUUGGAGAGGAGGAUUACCAUUUGGAUUUGGAAGAAUAAUUAUGGGAUCAGGAGAUUAUUAUGAAGGAUUUUCAUAAAAUGGAAAAGCUAAUGGUAGAGGAUUAUUUUGUAGUGGUUAUUAUUAAUAUGAAGGAGAUUGGAUGGAUGAUUAAAAACAUGGAAAAGGAAAAGAAAUAUUAUAAGGCAAAUAUGAGUAUAGUGGAGAUUUUAAGAGUAAUAUAAAAUGUGGAGAAGGAAGAUUAUUAGAUUAUAUUACAGGAAAUGUUUAUUAAGGAGAAUUUUAAAAUGAUUAGUUAUAAGGAGAAGUAACUAUUGAGUAUAAAAAUGGAGAUAGAUAUUUUGGAUAAGUAAUUACAGUGGAUGGUUAAAUUAAAAGAAAUGGUUAAGGAAUCUAUCAAUGGGUAGACUCUAGAAAAUAUGAAGGAUAAUAUGAGAAUGAUUUAGAACAUGGGGAAGGAUUAUUCAUAUGGUAAAUGCUAAUAUUAUAGUAAAUUAGGCCUGAUAAUUGGAUGUAUAAAGGAUAGUGGGUUAAUGGUAUGUAACAUGGAAAAGGAAUUCAAUAUAAUCCUUUAGGAAAAGAGAGAGAAGGUCUUUGGAAUAAUGGAUAAUUUAACAAGUGGAUUAGUUGAAAG